UUGCAUAUGCAAUGUGAUGAGACUCCUCAGGAUCUUGUACACCACUUGUACAAUUUGAAAUCCUUAUUUACAGUGGACAGUCCCUUUUUUUAAACAAUAUUAUUUCCUUGUGUUGAUGGUUUUGUUCUUAUUGUGUUCAAGGGUCUGCUGCUGGUGAUGGAAUGUGGCCUGCCCACUCUCCUCCUCCCAACCAAGAGAACUGGGUGAGUUUCGCUGACACUCCCCCUAGCAGCACGCUUCCUGCAAUGCAUCCAGCCUCCAUUCAGGAACACACGACGGUGAGGACUGUAGCAUCUGCUACAAAUGCCAUGGAAAUUCGUAGGCAGUCUAGUGGUUAUGAUGAUCCUUGGAAGAUUACAGAUGAGCAGAGACAAUAUUAUAUUAACCAAUUUAAAAACAUUCAACCAGAUUUGAAUGGUUUUAUUCCAGGAUCUGCUGCUAAAGAAUUUUUCACAAAAUCCAAACUCCCAAUUCUUGAACUUUCUCAUAUUUGGGAGCUGUCAGACUUUGACAAAGAUGGCGCUUUGACGUUGGAUGAGUUUUGUGCAGCUUUCCACCUGGUAGUGGCCAGAAAAAAUGGCUACGAUUUACCAGAGAAGUUACCAGAAAGUUUGAUGCCAAAGUUGAUUGAUCUUGAUGAUUCAGGGGUAUACAGUGAUUGGACUGCAGAGCUUCAAGAGAUUGAUGGCAUGCUUGGACAAGGAGCAGCAUGGUUCUUGCAGCUGCUCCUGGGAUUACAGGCUUAG